AUGGAAUUAGGACAUCCCACAAGCCAGUUUGACGACUGGGAGAGGGGCUGUAGUUCCCGGGCCAACCGGAACAAGCCGUGGCCAACCUUGGGGCGACUGGACAUCGUCCACACGCGGGAGAGGCGCUGGUCUGACUCCGUGGCGGGCCCAGGUGACAGAAGGCCGAGCGAGUGUCUGCAGGCCAGAGAGGCCAUCCUGGACUACGCCUGGGAGCGGCUCAACACCGGGCCCUGGCGGGACGUGGACAAGGACUGGCGGCGGGUCUAUGCCUUAGGCUGCCUCCUGAAAGCCCUGUGCCUGUGCCGGGCGCCCUGCGAGGCCAGCGCAGCUGCCAAGACCCUGCGGGUGUGUGACCUGGGCCUGCUGAUGGGCGCGGCCAUCCUCGGGGACAUCCUUGCUCGGGCCGCCCUGGUGCUCCAGGCUCACCUUCCCUCCACACAGAGGCCCGCCCGGGACCCCAGCCAGCAGCCGCCCAGCCCAAAGAGAGCCAGGCGCGAGCACACUUCCGUCCCGGACACGGAACAGGAGAGGGCAGUGCCCCUGUACCGCCUGUCCCUCCAGCACUUCAGGGAGCAGUUUCUGGUUCCUGAGAGGCGGGUGGUCUUGGAGGGCGUGGCCGACCACUGGCCGUGCAUGAAGAAGUGGAGCCGCCGUUACAUCCAGGAGGUCGCUGGCUGCCGGACCGUCCCCGUGGAGGUUGGUUCCCGGUACACAGACGAGGCGUGGUCCCAGACGCUCAUGACGGUGGACGACUUCAUCGGCAGGCACAUCGUGAGCCAGUCGAGCGGCGUGGGGUACCUUGCUCAGCACCAGCUCUUCGACCAGGCCGGUCCUCGUUGCUUGUCACCUCGUGAAAUCGCUGUUCUCCUGGGACGUCAGUGAUUCUGAUCGCAGGAUCUGUUCGACCAAUCACCUUUCACAAUGAUGUCAUCGGGAACAGUCAGAGUUCUGCGGAGCAUCCCACAGGGCCAGGCCUGGUGCCA